AGGCUCAGGAGGGACCCAUGCUCUGCACUCCCAGUCUGAGCUGGCAUGAGUUGCGAACUUGCACUCAAUCAACACAUCAGAACGCGAGGGGCCGCCUGCCUGAGGGUGCUGUGUUCCGCUGCAGCAGAGCUCCAAUGGCCCCGUGAAGAAGUCCAUGCGGGAGAAGGCGGUGGAGAGAAGGAGUGUGAACAAAGAGCACAACAGCAACUUCAAAGCCGGCUACAUCCCCAUCGACGAAGACCGCCUCCACAGAACGGGACUGAGGGGCCGGAAGGGCAAUCUAGCCAUCUGUGUCCUCGUCCUCCUGUUGGUCCUGGCUGUCAUCAAUUUAACUAUCACCCUUGUUAUCUGGGUCGUGAUUCGCAUUGGACCGAAUGGCUGUGACAGCUUGGAGUUUCAUGAAAGUGGCCUGCUCCGAUUCAAGCAAGUCUCGGACAUGGGAGUUAUCCAUCCUCUCUACAAGAGCACCGUCGGAGGAAGGCGGAAUGAAAACUUGGUCAUCACUGGCAACAACCAGCCUAUUGUUUUUCAGCAAGGGACAACGAAACUCAGCGUAGAAAAGAACAAAACGUCCAUUACUAGCGACAUUGGGAUGCAGUUUUUUGACCCAAGGACUCAAAAUAUUUUAUUCAGCACAGACUAUGAAACUCAUGAAUUUCACUUGCCACGUGGAGUGAAAACGCUGAAUGUCCAGAAAGCUUCUACGGAAAGGAUUACCAGCAACGCUACUAGUGAUUUAAACAUCAAGGUUGAUGGACGUGCUAUUGUGCGUGGAAACGAAGGUGUAUUCAUAAUGGGCAAAACCAUUGAAUUCCGCAUGGGUGGUGAUAUGGAGUUAAAGGCUGUAAGUAUACACAUAUCUUUCUAUAUGAAGCGUUUAAGAGACUUGCAAGUACACCGAUAUGGGACUACAGGAUGGCCGUGGAAAUAAACCCAUGUAGUGCAAUCGCACAUUGUAUGCCCCAGGGCUCCUCAAACUGACACCUAAGGGCUCAUAAAUAAGGAACUUCAUAAUUUGGAGAAAGCGAAUACCUUCACGUUCAUGAACAGCCAAUCUCCUAAGGUGGAUAAUCCCAUUUUUCCAAAAUAAAGGUGAAUACAGAA